AUGUACAGAACAAUUGCUUACAAACACUGGGUAAAUGUACAGAACAAUAGCUCACUAACACCAGAAGGUGUACAGAACGAUAACUCACUAACAGCAGCAGGUGUACAGAACGAUAACUCACUAACAGCAGCAGGUGUACAGAACGAUAACUCACUAACAUUUACAGGUGUACAGAACGAUAACUCACUAACAGCAGCAGGUGUACAGAACGAUAACUCACUAACAGCAGCAGGUGUACAGAACGAUAACUCACUAACAGUAGCAGGUGUACAGAACGAUAAAUUAGUAACAGUAUCAGUAUCAGGUGUACAGAACGAUAACUCACUAACAGCAGCAGGUGCAAAGAACGAUAACUCACUAACAGUAGCAGGUGCAAAGAACGAUAACUCACUAACAUUUACAGGUGUACAGAACGAUAACUCACUAACAGUAUCAAGUGCAAAGAACGAUAACUCACUAACAGUAUCAGAUGUACAGAACGAUAACUUAGUAACAGUGUCAGGUGUACAGAACAAUAACUUAGUAACAGUGUCAGGUGUACAGAACGAUAAUUCACUAACAGUAGCAGGUGUACAGAACGAUAACUCACUAACAUUUACAGGUGCAAAGAACGAUAACUCACUAACAGUAGCAGGUGCAAAGAACGAUAAUUCACUAACAUUUACAGGUGUACAGAACGAUAACUCACUAACAUUUACAGGUGUACAGAACGAUAACUUAGUAACAGUAUCAGGUGCAAAGAACGAUAAUUCACUGACAUUAACAGGUGUACAGAACGAUAAAUCACUUACAGUAUCAGGUGCAAAGAACGAUAACUCACUGACAAUAACAGGUGUACAGAACGAUAACUCACUAACAGCAGCAGGUGUAUAG